UCGGAAAAAUCUCAGUCCAAAUUUGCAGCAGUAUUCUUCCCCAAAAUCUCUCUCACCCAAAUUUACAGAUAAAGAGAGAGAGAGCUGUACAUGCAGGGGAUUCUCCAAAAUGAUUGCAAUUACCUCCGCCGAGUUGAACUACCUCAUCUUCCGCUAUCUUAACGAAUCUGGAUUCACCCAUUCUGCGUUCGCUUUAGGAUAUGAGGCUGGGAUCAAUAAAAGUAAUAUUGACGGUAACCUUGUUCCACCUGGGGCUCUCGUGACAUUUGUUCAGAAAGGAAUUCAGUAUCUUGAACUAGAAGCAAACUUGACUACUGAUGAUUUGGAAGCAGAUGAUGAUUUCCAGUUUCUGCAUCCUUUGGAUCUGAUAACAAAAGAUGUGGAUGAACUUCAAAGGAUUAUAAAAGAGAAAAAAGAAAAUAUACAGAAGGAUAAAUCCAAGGGAAAAGAGAAAGAAAAUGUUGAAAAUGGUCGGGAACAUGACCGCAAACUUGCGAUGGAAAGGGAAAAGGAAAUUGCAAAAGAAAAGGAGAAUGAAAAACAACAACGAGAGAAAGAAAAGGAAAGAGAUAGAGAAAGAAUGGAGAAAGAGAAGGAGAAGGAGAAAGAGAAGGAAAGGGAAAAGGAGAGAGAGAGGGAGAAGGAGAAAGAUAAAGGGAAAGAAAAAGAAAAGGAAAAGCCCUUUGAGGACGUCAGUGGUGUAAAUCACAUGGAGGAUGAGGUUAAUGGUAAACAUGAGGAGAAUGGAAAUGAUGGAGGGCCAGAACCCAUGGAUAUUUGCACUAGUUUACCUUCCGUGCCCUGUGAAUUCCCAAGCAGCGAUGUAACAGUUUUGCAAGGUCACACUUCUGAGGUUUUUGCAUGUGCAUGGAAUCCGACCGGGUCACUUCUGGCUUCUGGGUCUGGAGACUCGACUGCCAGAAUUUGGACUAUUGAUGGGCCAUCUAGUUGCAAUACAGAAAAUGGGCCUUCCAAUGUCGUACUUAGGCAUUUCAAGGGUAGAACAAAUGAGAAAAGCAAAGAUGUGACAACACUAGACUGGAACGUUGACGGUACGCUGCUUGCUACUGGCUCUUAUGAUGGCCAAGCAAGGAUAUGGAGUAAAGAUGGGGAAUUGGUCAGUACACUAAAUAAACAUAAGGGGCCUAUCUUCUCCUUGAAGUGGAACAAGAAAGGAGAUUAUCUUCUUAGUGGAAGUGUUGAUAAAACUGCAAUUGUGUGGGAUAUUAAGACAGGGGAAUGGAGACAACAAUUCGAAUUUCACUCAGCUCCUGCCCUGGAUGUUGAUUGGAGAAACAAUGUUUCCUUUGCUACAUGCUCGACUGACAGCAUGAUAUAUGUUUGUAAAGUUGGAGAGAACCGGCCGAUCAAAACUUUCUCAGGGCACCAGGGUGAAGUUAAUGCUAUCAAGUGGGAUCCCACAGGCACACUUCUGGCCUCAUGCUCUGAUGAUUCUACAGCCAAGAUAUGGAGUAUUAAACAGGACACAUGCUUGCUUGAUUUAAAGGAACAUUCCAAAGAGAUAUACACUGUCAGGUGGAGUCCAACAGGGCCUGGUACGAACAACCCAAAUAAGAAACUGGUGCUGGCAAGUGCCUCGUUUGACUCAACCAUAAAGCUGUGGGAUGUAGAUGCUGGACAUCUUUUGCACAGCUUAGACGGCCACAGGGAUCCUGUUUAUUCCGUUGCAUUUAGCCCCAAUGGCGAGUAUUUGGCAAGCGGGUCUCUAGAUAAAUGCUUGCACGUGUGGUCAGUGAAGGAAGCGAGGAUUGUGAAGACAUUCAGCGGAAAUGGUGGGAUAUUUGAAGUUUGCUGGAACAAAGAAGGUGACAAGAUUGCCGCUUGUUUCGCAAACAACGUUGUGUCCGUGUUGGACUUCCGAAUGUAGAGAUGACAGCAUUCUUUGUGCAUUCAUGUCCUAAAAGCCUUACUUUAGAUGCUGACUUAGUGUAGGCCUCAAUCUGUUAUGAAUGUGCUGUUAUAACCUUAGAAUUUCAGAAAACCACUGACCUAAUUGCUGUGGUUUUUGUAAAGAGCUUUCUUUUAAUGUAAAUUCUCAUGAAUGCUGUGUAGUGGGAUAUGGGGUUUCAUUGACUUGUAGAAAUUCUUAUCGAGGACCAUGGUUUGCAUGAUCUUGUUUUAAUUUUGAAAUUGAUCAUUGCUCAAA